CGCAGGCAGGCCCUGGGGUCAGGCAACACCCGGCCCGCCGGGUCCCGCGAGCCUGAGGAGGGAGGGAGGCCGGGCCCGCGGCUGCGAAGACACACAACCCGCCCCGGGCCGGACUUCCAGCGCCCCGGGCCACGCGCGGACAGGCGCGGGCGGCCUCGGAACCACAUCUCCCAGGGAACCCCGGGAGCGCGCGGAACCAAUUGGAGGGCGGAAGGACGGCCGCCUGCGUCUCGCAGAGGUCGCUGGGCCGCGGCGUCGUGUAUCUGAUUGGCAGCUCCAACAGCCUAUAGCUGCUGCUCGUCACAGGGACCGGCGCGGGGAGAGAGCCACUGCACUUGCUGGUAUCCUGGGCACAGCGCCGGGAAGUAGAGUCCGCGUGCACCCGGGCGGCCAGGGGCUCACAGGGAGGGAUAAGUCCCUCCGCCUCGUAUUAGUCGGUUGACUUCCUUCGCUCACAUUUACAGCGAGUAUUUACCGAAUGCCCCCUGUGUCCCACUCACUGUGCUAGGUGCAGAGGAUGGGGACCACAGGCAAGAUCCCUGCCCCAGAGGAGUUCAAUUUCUAGGGUGGAGAGAGGGGAGUGAAUGGUAAUUUCCAGUUACGACAUAGAUCAUCCCAACAAUGACUGCUGUUUUCUCAUUUUAUAAACGAAGCAGAGACUGGGGCUGUAGCAAGGUUCUCAGACUCUGCCCCCUUGGAACCUUAGAGUUAGUAUAGGUUCUUAAACGUCUUUGUUUAAUGAUUCCUUUUGAAAAAAAUCUAGCAGAAUUCUGAGUCAUAGAGGUAAUGGCUUGGCUCAGAAAACGGCGCAUCUUAAAUUUAUUUCAGGGGGCUCAUGGACUUCCUGAUGUCCACCUGGGAUUACCUAGUAGGGGCUUCUAGGCGUAGACCGCUGCACUAAUUAGAGAAGACACGAACUUUUAUGUGUUGGAACUUCAAGGAGGAUUUCCUUUGACCCAAGUGUAUUGCAGCCCAUAAAAAGUUUGGAAGACCCAGCUAGAUGGUCUGUUUUUCUAGUUCCAAUAUUCCGUUUAAGUCCUACUCAUCAAGACUGCUGUCUUCAGGUCGCCGGUGAGUCUGUCGUGAGACCUGACCCAAUAGGCGCUAGAGUUCGCAAAACGUGACUCGGAAGUUGGUCCCAAGCAGGCGCCGUUGGCCUGCGGAUGCCUAACUCGCGCGCUGGGACUUCCGGUGUGGGAGCUGAGAGCUGCGGCUUGCGUGGGUCACCUGCAGUGGGGAGCGCGGCGUUCCGGUCUUGCCUCAGGGAAGUCUUGGCGCGGGCGGACCAGGGGGCCAGCGCAGUGGCGCCCGCGACCGUCUGAGACCUCGGCCCAGGAGCCGACUGCGCCCAGGCUGGAGCUGGGCUUCUCGGCUGGGACUUGGAGUCCCGAACCCGCGGCUCCUGCCGGCGGCGUCCAUCCUUGCACCGGGCGCGGUGCGCCCUCCUAGGCGGGCGCAGCUGGUUUCGGAGCCAGAGCGCUCUGGGGCCUGACGAUGUCGUCGGGCCCGGGCUCCCAGGAACGGGAGGGGCUCCUGAUAGUGAAAUUGGAGGAGGACUGUGCCUGGAGCCAGGAGCUGCCCCCGCCUGACCCAGGACAGAGCCCAGAGGCCUCCCACCUGCGCUUCAGACGUUUCCGCUUCCAAGAGGCAGCUGGUCCCCGGGAAGCCCUCAGCCGGCUCCAGGAGCUUUGCCAUGGGUGGCUGCGGCCUGAGAUGCGCACCAAGGAGCAGAUUUUGGAACUGCUGGUGCUGGAGCAGUUCCUGAUCAUUCUGCCCCAGGAGAUCCAGAGCAGGGUGCAGGAGCUGCAUCCGGAGAGCGGCGAAGAAGCGGUGAGCCUUGUGGAGGAUAUGCAGAGAGAACUUGGGAGACUGAGACAACAGGUCACAAACCAUGGGCGGGGAACAGAAGUGCUUUUGGAGGAGCCUUUGCCUCUGGAAACAGCACGAGAGUCACCGAGCUUCAAGCUGGAGCCAAUGGAGACUGAGCGAAACCCUGGCCCCAGGCUGCAGGAGCUGCUAGGCCCCAGCCCCAAAAGGGACCCCCAGGCUGUAAAGGAGAGGGCAUUGUCUGCUCCCUGGCUUUCUCUCUUUCCUCCUGAAGGGAACAUAGAAGACAAGGAAAUGACUGGGCCCCAGUUGCCUGAGAGCUUAGAGGACGUGGCAAUGUACAUCUCCCAGGAGGAGUGGGGGCAUCAGGAUCCUAGUAAGAGGGCCCUCUCCGGGGACACGGUGCAGGAGAGUUAUGAGAAUGUGGACUCACUGGAGUCUCACGUUCCCAGUCAGGAGGCCCCAGCCACCCGGGUGGAACUCGGAGGAAAGCCUUGGGAUCCCAGUGGCCAGAGUUGCAGGGGGGGCCUGAGCCCCGGCAGCCCAGCUCCAGGGGAAGAGAAAUUUGAGAACCCUGAAGAAAGUGCUCAGUCUGUUUCCCUUGAGAAUACCCACCCUCCGGCGCUGCUCCCUGGCCAGGCCGGAGGGGAGGUGCCCUGGAGUCCCGAGCAGGGAAGACCUCAUGGCAGGGCAGAAGGGGACUGGCAGCCUCCCCCAGAGGAUCCAGUGGAGCAGUCUUUAGCAGGAGCCACAAGUUACAGGGAACUGGGGCCACCAAGGGAACUACAGCCGAAGAAACUCCAUUUAUGUCCCUUGUGUGGCAAAAAUUUCUCUAACAACUCGAAUCUAAUUAGACACCAGAGAAUACAUGCAGCAGAAAGACUGUGUAUGGGUGUAGAGUGUGGUGAAAUCUUUGGUGGGAACCCACACUUUCUCUCACUACACAGAGCACACCUGGGAGAAGAGGCCCAUAAGUGCCUGGAAUGUGGAAAAUGCUUCAGUCAGAAUACCCACCUGACUCGCCACCAGCGCACACACACGGGCGAGAAGCCCUAUCAGUGUAACAUAUGUGGAAAAAGCUUCUCUUGCAACUCCAACCUCCACAGGCACCAGAGAACACACACAGGGGAGAAGCCCUACAAGUGCCCCGAGUGUGGGGAGAUCUUUGCUCACAGUUCCAACCUCCUUCGGCACCAGAGAAUUCAUACCGGAGAGAGACCCUAUAAGUGUCCAGAGUGUGGGAAAAGUUUCUCUCGGAGUUCACACCUUGUCAUUCAUGAAAGAACUCAUGAGAAAGAGAGACUUUACACCUUCUCUGAGUGUGGGGAAGCCAUGAAUGGCAGUGCCCGCUUUCUUCCAAACCGUGGAGCCCACAAAGCAGAGAAGAAGCUCUUUGAAUGCUUGACUUGCGGGAAAAGCUUCCGGCAGGGCAUGCACCUCACCAGACAUCAGAGAACGCACACAGGAGAGAAACCAUAUAAAUGUACCCUUUGUGGGGAAAACUUUUCUCAUAGAUCCAACUUAAUCAGGCACCAGAGAAUUCACACGGGAGAAAAACCCUAUACCUGUCAUGAGUGUGGAGACAGUUUCUCUCACAGUUCCAAUCGGAUUCGUCACCUGAGAACCCACACGGGAGAGAGACCCUAUAAAUGUUCUGAAUGUGGAGAAAGCUUUUCUCGGAGUUCACGUCUUAUGAGUCAUCAGAGGACUCACACCGGUUAGAAACAAUGGGAUUUCUCUUUGCCCCAGAUAAGGAGGCAUAUUCAGAAGGUCCUGUUGUCAGAGCUGAGAUUCCUUGCCCAGCCAACCAAAUGACCUCUGCAUUUGUCAGGUAAUAACAUAAAGAGGAAACGGGGGCUCAUUGGGAGGGAGGUGCGGAGACAGCAAAGGAUUUGCAUACAACUAAAAAAGGAGUUCUGUCUGCGCUAGUGAGGUCUUUGAGGUGACCUGCUUAGGGUGGAAUUCUGUUAGGGCCAUCCUGCCCCAAGGUGCACAUACCCUCUUGGUAUAUUCAGCCAAGGUGUGAUUUGGGUGCCUUACUGUGUCCAGUGUUUAUCCCAACUACUUUGGGUAUCCAUGUGAUCUUUCUGUUACUACUUUCUUAUUUGGGACAUUCAGCAGGAGCAUUUGGACUCCUGGGGCCCUUGAGACCAAAGAAGAGGGGCCAAGUCUCCAGGAAAACCAGCUGGAGGUCAACAAGAGACUGGUUGUGAGUUGCAGCUGUCCUGAAGGCCCUGGCUGGAUAGCCAUAGGCAGUCUAGGUCAAGCCACCACACGCCCCUCAAUGACCUGAGAGGGGUGCCCACUGGCAGAUCACACAUGCAAAUGUGACGUGUGAGCUCAGACAAAAAGGAACCAGACACCUAAGGGAAAGAAUAAGGUGUAAUUUGCAGGUCAGCGCAGAAAUUGGCAGAGGAAAUGAGUGUCUGAUUAGUUUACCCUUUGCAGAGAUUGAGACUUUCCCCUACCUGUGUCAAAAAAAGAUAAACGGAGCUCUGGAGUCUUACUCCUGGCUCUAGAGGAACAAAAGAGUUUCAUGAAAGAUGAAUUCCCCAGGGAAAUUAGGGAUUGUGUCCUUCCCUAUUGGAAAUGUUCAGACAGUAAUAAAUAAAUUCAGGAAAUGUUAAUGUGUAAAUCUUCAUUGAGGGGACUCCAGUGUUGAUCUGUCUCCUCUCUGCCUUGGUCAGAAGACCUGCUUUCUCUUUGGCUGGUCAGGAAGGUUCUGACAAAGGUGGCAGCAGACAGGAUGAGGCAGGUGUUGGCCUGCCACAUGGUAACAAAGGGUCAAGCUGAACAGCUGCUCGGGGUGAUACUGUAGGGUCUCUCUGCAAAGUAUUCUUCUGUGGUCUCUGGCAGUAAAAAUGUCUUCAAUUCUU